AUGUUGCUCUCGAUCGUCUCGACCGCGGCCUCUGCCGUCCUCUACCCCGCCGCCGCUGCAUGCCUCCUCGCCGCCAUCUGGGCCAUAACCCUCGCACUCGCCGAAGCCCGGACCGCGCCCGGCCUCGCCGCCCGACUCGCCCCUCCGCCUGCUGAUGGUGCCACGCCAUCCGCCGAUGACACGCCGUCCCGCCCGUGGGUCCUUGUCACCGGCACCUCGUCAGGCAUCGGCCUGGCCACAGCCGCCGAGCUCGUCACCCGCGGCUUUGGCGUCUACGCCACAGUCCGGCGAGCGGAUGACGGCGAUGCGCUGCGUGCGGCCGUGGGCGGACCGGCGAGCGAGGCGCUGGUGCGGACCGUGGUGUGCGACGUGACGCGGGAGGAGGAGAUGGCGGCGGUGGGAGAGCAGCUCGCGCAGGGUGGCCGGCUUUGGGGCCUCGUCGCCUGCGCAGGCGUGUCGGUGACCGGGACGGUGGAGGAGACGCCCGCCGCCGCCUGGGCCGCCCAGCUCGAGGUCAACGUCGUCGGCACCGUCCGGACCAUCCAUGCUGCCCUCCCGGCUCUCCGGGCCUCGCCGGGCGCACGUAUCGUGGUCGUCGGCUCGCUCUUUGGCCUCCUGGCAGAGUUCCCGGGCUUUGGGCCCUACGCAGCCUCCAAGUUUGCCCUCGAGGCCCUUGUCCGCACCCUCCGCGAAGAGCUCGCCCCGGCUGGCAUCGCCGUCACCAUGAUCAAUCCGGCCGGCAUCGCCACCCCGUUCAUCCGCAAGCUCGCCGCCGCUCCGCCACCCGACUCUCCGCUCGCUGCUCACUACGCGCCUGCCCAUGCCCGCUUCCGCGCCUUUGUUGCACACACCUCGACUGGAUCGCCCGUCCACGUCGCCCGUACCAUCGCCCGCGCCAUCUCCUCCGCCCGCCCCUUUGCAUCGUAUCCAGUCGGCCCGCAGGCGCAGCUCAUCGCCUGGUCCGCCGCCCUCCUCCCGGCUCCUCUCCUCCAGCUCAUGGCCCGCACAGGCUUCCCGCAGCACCUCCUCUUCCACGUCAACGCCUUCCUCGCCCGCAUCGGCCUCCCUCAAGCCGCCGCCGCCGCGGGGUCCGAGUCGUGUCCCGGUGGACUUGGCGCAAAAAUUUAUGCCUACUCCCAGAAACCGCCCCACCUUGUCCCUGCCCUCGUCCUUGCCGCCCAGUGCCCCGAUCCCAGACUCGUCGCCGCCCUCGCUGCGCCACAUGCGUUUGCCCUCGCUCCGCUCGCUCGGCACCACUCGGUCGCGGUCUCCGCGCUGGCUGCCGCCGCCGCCGCGGGCAACGUCGACGUCGUCGCCGCCAUCGCCGCCAUCGCCACCAUUGACCCCAACGCCGCCGUUGGCCUCCCGCUCCCGCUGCUGCUCAUCGCUGUUGAUGAAGGCCACGCCGCGCUUGUUGACGCCCUCUGCACUGCCUCCUUCCCGCACGCAGGCCCUGUCGCCGCAGGUGCCACUCUCCCGGACAUCGCCCCGGCCUCGCCGCGCCUCCGCAACUCUGCUGGCUGGCCGGCCCUCCUGCUCGCCGCCCACGCCGGGCACGCCGCCGUAGUCUCUGUCCUCCUCCGCCAUGGUGCGCCUGUGGACGAAUCCGCCUCUGCUGAGCAGAUCACUCCGCUCUGGGCCGCCGCCUGGGCAGGCCACCCGGACAUUGUCGCCCUCCUUCUCGAUGCCGGCGCCGAUCCGGCCGUCGCCAACCCCGCCGCCGCCACCCCGCUCUUUGCCGCCGCCCAACGCGGCCAUGCCCACGUCAUUACUCUCCUUCUUGCCGCCGGCGCAAGCCCCGCUGCGUCCAUGGCCUCGCAGUCGCCGCUUUGGAUCGCCGCCGCAGGCGGUCAUCUCGACGCUGUCAUCACCCUCCUCGACGCCGGCGCCGAUCCCGCCGCCGCAGACGCCCAGGGCAACACUCCGCUUUUUGCUGCCGCCAUGCGCGGCCAUCUGCAUGUCAUGCAGCAUCUUGUGGCGCUUACGCCGCCCGAAGUCCUCGCCGCCCGCAACACCCUCGGUGCCCACCUCCUGCUCCUCGCCGCCUUCUCAGGAUCGCUUCCGGUCGUCCGCUACGUCGUCGACGGCCUCGGCUUUGACGUCAACGAGACUAGCCAUCCGCAGGGCCUCACCGCUCUUGCCACCGCUGCUCUGCAAGGCGCGCUCCCACUCGUCGCCUACCUCGUCGACGCCGGGGCAGACAUCUCUGCCGCUACCGAUCCCGCCGCAACGCCCAUUGCUCUCGCCACCCUCAACGGCCAUUCACACCCGCAGACCCCAGCCCAGCAGCCGUCAUCGCUCCUCGCCCUCCCUGCCUCUGCUGCUUCUGCCCUCGCUGCUGCCUCCCACACCGCUUCGGCCGCUCUCGCUUGGUUCUUUACCUCUGCGCCUACGCCAGAUCGGGGUUGA